ACCGUCGAGCAAGCAACAUGCAAGUCCAAUUCAUCGCCAUCCUGCUGGCCGCCGUGGCCAUUGGCUCCUCCGCCGCGAAUCCCAGCCUGGUCUCGGGACCCUCGAAGAUGUUCGAGAUCAUGAGUGCCACCAGUGAGAUGCAGCGCAAUAAUCCCGCCCUGGCCACUGCCUGCUUCACCUACUACCAGGGCGUCUUCGACGAGGACUACAAGAGCUACCAGGUGGAGUACGACGGGUGCACCAGCAAGUUCGACUCGGGCAAACUGGAUUCCAUGGAGCGCUACGAAUCCUAUGUCUGGACCCUGAGCAACUCCACGUAUGACUCCUGCAGGUUCCUGCUCGAAUGCGACCAGGCUAACAACAGUCUGGACUCCCUCAACUGCUACUCCGCCCAGGGCACUAAUCACUCUAAGGUGGCCAGUGACAUCUCGCACGAUGCCGCCGUCUACAUCGGAGCUCUGAUGCAGGAAAUCUCCCUCUACGAAUUCGCCCGCAAUGCCUGCAUCACCGAUUGCACUCACAACUACGAGGUCCGCUCCGACAAGUCCUAUGUGGAGUUCCAGAGUUGCCUGGAUGGCAAAACUGCAGUGCCAGAGCCAACCGUGGCCCCCGUAGAUCCCAACAGUUUCAAGGCCAAUUCUGUGCCACAGUUAGCCAGCGAGGAAAAGAGCAGCCAGAAACAGGGAUAUGCCAGAAAGCUGGAAAGCCUUUUCAAGCAUCAUCCUUAGAAGAAGAGGGGUUUAUGCACAAUGUUAUAUUUAAAUAAACUGUAUAUUGUUGAAAUAUCGCA